UGUAGAAUACAAAAGGUAUAUGAGCAGACGUUUUAGAAAAAUAAGCAUAAAUGAAGGCGUGUUCGCUAGUGGACCAAAUCCAGCCCCCUGGCUCCUAGAGGAAAUAGUCACAGUCAGACUGAGAUGAUGUGGACAACAACUAUCCUCCUGCUGCUUCUGCCUCUUCUGCUUUCCUCCACAAACAAGACAAACAGUGGCCAUUUGAAUCAAUCAGAAAUUGUCGGUGAGGACUCCUCUGAUGCACCUGUCAAAAACUAUAAACCACUAGGGGAGGUCAGAGGUCAAGAUGCCUGCACCAUCCCGUGUGACAUCACUGUGAAGCUGCUCCGAGAUGAGAAACACUCCAUCUGUGGCCAGCUACAACAGACUCUGCUGGCAUUUGGACGAAGCACCCGCAAGCUGAUCAGGGAUGUGAUGGAGGAGCAGCAGAGAGCUUUGGAUCUUCUCAGCGGUCAGGUCACAGAGCUGAUGACCAAGGUGCAGAUGCUCAGCUCCGAGGUUCAGAGAAGCAACACAGAGUUGUACUCCAUUAAACCUGUGCAAUCCCACGGACGAGACUGCAGCGACAUCAAGAACAAUCUCAUAUCAGUCGUCCCAAAGAUCCCCAGUGGCAUUUACAUAGUUAAUCCAGAGAAUACAGACUCAUCUUUUGAGGUGUUCUGUGAGAUGGACUAUAUGGGAGGUGGAUGGACAGUGAUGCAGAGAAGGACUGAUGGAUUAACUGACUUCAAACGACCCUGGGCUGAUUAUGUUGAUGGCUUUGGACACCUAGCAGGUGAACACUGGUUGGGCCUAAAGAAAGUGUUUCACAUAGUAAACCAGAAAGAGGCUCGGUUUCAGCUUCACAUUGCUCUAGUCUCCCUGGAGGACGUCACUUCUUAUGCAUCAUAUGAUGACUUCCGCCUUGAUAAUGAAACACAGUUCUUCAGAUUACACCUGGGCAGAUAUGCAGGCAGUGCUGGCGAUGCUUUCCGUGGCUAUGAACAGGAGCAGAACCAGGACACAGCUCCAUUUAGUGCCUCAGAUGUGGACAACGACGGCUGCAACCCUUUCUGCAGCAUUGGCAACAGCACUGUGGAGAGCUGUAGCCUUCAGCACAACCAAACAGGAUGGUGGUUUAACCAGUGUGGCCUGGCAAAUCUCAAUGGCUCGCCUGAGGAUGCAGAACAGAACCAAGGACAGAGGACACACAUCCUGUGGGACACCUGGAGGCAGAAUGGAGUCCCUUAUACCAUCAAAUCUGUCACGAUGAAGAUCAGGAGGAUUGCAACUAAUAACUGAUAAAGAGGGGAGAAGGACAGCAGUGAAAUGCAGGGUUGUUUUUUAUCAAUAGCUUUCAAACUAAUUGCUUUUGAAAUGUUUAUUUUACUUCAGACUGCUAUUAUUUCUACCUGGUUCUACAUUUUAGUUUAGAAACUAUUAUUAGUCACUGCUAAUCUUUAGCUUCUGACAUUUUCCACCUCUGCAAGAAGAGGGAAACAAAAAACUUCCAAGCAAAUUUAAAUGACUUCUUUUCAGUUUGUUUUAAGCAGUAACAAAUGGCAUGAAAAAAAUCUUUUAUAAACAAUAUACUUGUGCAAUACUCUUUAAAGCAGGUACUUAUGAAUAAAACCAGUUUCUGGGGUUU